GUUUGAAGCAUUGAAAUCCUGGGACGUAGCGACGCCCCCAGAACCGAUACUAACCACCAAGUGAUAAACUUGCAGUUUUUUGGCCAGUGGAACCAGCAGUGCAGUCAAGAUGGUGUACAACUUUAAAGUGUUCAAAAAGUGCGCGCCCAACGGCAAGAUCACCCUCUACAUGGCCAAGCGGGACUUCAUCGACCACAUCUCAUACGUGGAGCCGAUAGACGGCGUGGUGCUGCUGGACGAGGAGUACGUGCGCGGGCGCAAGGUGUUCGGGCAGGUGGUGUGCACGUUCCGCUACGGCCGCGAGGAGGACGAGGUCAUGGGGCUCAACUUCUACAAGGAGCUGUUCCUCGCCUCCGAGCAGAUCUACCCGCCGCCCGAGAAGAGGCCCUACGAACUCUCCAAGACGCAGGAGCGUUUGAUAAAGAAGCUGGGGUCGGGCGCGGUGGCGUUCCGGCUGGCGGUGCCGGCGGGCGCGCCCGGCUCCGUCACGCUGCAGCCGGGGCUGGAGGACGAGGGCGAGCCCUGCGGCGUGCACUACUACGUCAAGCUCUUCGUGGGCGACUCCGAGAUCGACCGCUCGCACAGACGGAGCACGGUGGCGCUGGGCAUCCGCAAGGUGCAGUUCGCGCCGGCCAAGGCGGGCCCGCAGCCCUGCACGGUGGUGCGCAAGGACUUCGUGCUGUCGCCGGGGCAGCUCGAGCUCGAGCUCACGCUGGACAAGCAGCUGUACAUGCACGGGGAGACGGUGGCGGUGAACAUGUGCGUGCGCAACCACAGUAACAAGGUGGUGAAGAAGAUCAAGGCCAGCAUCCAGCAGGGCGUGGACGUGGUGCUGUUCCAGAACGGCCAGUACCGCAACGUCGUCGCCAGCGUCGAAACGCAGGACGGCUGCCCGCUGCAGCCGGGCUCCAGCCUGCAGAAGGUGCUGCACCUGACGCCGGCGCUGGCCAGCAACCGCGACAAGCGCGGCAUCGCGCUGGACGGCCAGCUCAAGCGCGCCGACACCACGCUCGCCUCCACCACCUUAUUGCUGGACCCGGACCAGCGCGACGCGUUCGGCAUCGUGGUGAGCUACAGCGCGAAGGUGAAGCUGUACCUGGGCGCGCUGAGCGGCGAGCUGGUGGCCGAGCUGCCCUUCAUCCUCAUGCACCCCAAGGAGGGGCGCGCCAAGAUCAUCCACGCCGACAGCCAGGCCGACGUGGAGAUGUUCCGCCAGGACACCGUCCACCACCAGGAGAGCGUCGAGGUGUACUAGCUCCGCGCCGCCGCCGCCGCCGCCGCCGCUGCCGCCGCCGCGCGCGCGUGUCCUAUCAUUACCUCAAGAGUAUACAAUUUCUAAACGCAGAAGCGUAUAUUAUUUUGUGCUAAUAUAAUAAGCUCUCGAUAUUUCAUAUGUUAGUUUGAUGUCUGAAUAAGGAAUGCCAAUUGCUAAGAAUAAUUUUAUUCAUUCAUUACUUAUAACAGAUUUGAAUGAAGAAAGACGUAAAUAGGUAGGUACCUACCUAUCUAGAUGUGCAUGUGGAUUGAGUGAUCCUUGCUUCAAUCUUAACAAAAAUCUAGGAAGGUUUAGUUAAAAUAUAUUAAAAACAUUGCAUUUUGUAUCUGUGUGUCUUGCUUCAAUUAAAUAAUUAAAAUAAAUUCUAAGCAAGUGUAAGUAACAAAGUUAAAAGUCUUUCUUUCUUUCUUUGUAGGUGAAUGGCCCACAGUUUUAGCUAGGUACCCAUUUCCGGUCAUGUUGUCUUGUUCUAUCGCAAAGAAUACCGUUUGAUGAGAGCGAGAGAAAAAAACGGAAAUAGGUAGCUGGAAAUGUGGGCUAAAGGU